GUUGCGUUACACCCGCAGGCGGAACCAAAAACACGUCCAUGGUGUCACCUCGGAACGGUUACGGUGUAACAUCAGUGUGUACAUGUGAAGCUUUGGCAUGAUCAAGGGGUUGGUUGCGUGAAAUCUGACCAUGAAACGGUUGUACGUCGGUGGUCUCGGCCACACAGUGUCUGAGAAAGACCUCAAAGACAGGUUUGGAAAGUUUGGGGACGUGUCAGAUGUGGAUAUCAUAACGAGGAAAGAUGAGAAUGGAGCUCCUCUGAAAACAUUUGGCUACAUCAACAUAGACAUCACAGAUGCUAACUACAGAAGAUGUGUAGGCAUCUUAAAUAAAUCCACAUGGAAAGGUGGAACCUUGCUUAUUCAAUUGGCAAAAGAAAGCUUUCUACAUAGACUUGCAGAGGAACGACAAGAACUGGUUGAAAAGGCCAAGACACCAAAGACCGUCCCUGAGGAGCCAUUAGUGGAUUCGCUAAAAGCGGCUGGUGUCGAAAACUUUCACAUGAAAGCUGCUGUUCCUGGAACUGAAAUUCCCGGCCAUAAGAAUUGGGUCGUGAGUAAAUUUGGGAGGGUACUUCCUGUCGUGAAUCUGAAGUGUGAAGGAAAGCACAAGGUCUUUAAGUAUGAUCCAUCCAAACACUGCCACAACAUCAAGAAACUGGAGAUUGGGGAUGACGUCACAUCGGUGUCCAAGCUGACGUGGGAGAUUGAAGGUGGAGACGAUGAAAUCAGUAAGAAAAGGCGGGGAGAGUUUCCAGAGCAGAAAACUUGUCCCAAAAGAUCCAAAAUAGAUGUAAGUUUGUUUCUUAGAAAUUUGGCUCAGAGAAAUGGAAUUAAUGCGGCUGCCACUGGAAACACAGUGGCGAUCCAACAAAAUGGACUAAAGCCGGGAAAGCAAACAUCUGUUCGUGUUUUUGACAACGACUCUGACUCUGAAGAAGAAAUCAGGAUGUUGGUUGCUCAAGAGCAUUUGAGGAACCCUAAACAAACCUCCACGGAGGAUGAUGAUGGCAAGCUGGAGGUGGUUGGAGAUGAUUUUGUUGUCAAGUCUAAUGUUUUCUGGGGUGGAGUGGAACAAGAUGACAUGAAGACGCCCCUUUUUACUUCAUCAAAAGAUGAUGAGGAAUAUGAUUCUGCCGACACUGAUGAAAUACUCACUCAGAGAAAAACCCAAAAAGUUGAAUGUACACCAGCCAGUCAGGAUUUUCCAACAGAAUCCAGUAAAAACAAGUCUGAAUCUGAAUCUGAUGAUAGUGAUGUUAGCGUAGAUUCUGAUUAUGAAGCCAUGAUGGGGAACUGCUACCGUUUAGAUAUUUCCCUAGCGGACUUGGAGCAGCUAGCUAAAAAAGCAGACGUGUUUUCAGAUGAUGAAAGUGUAGAAAAAGCAAAAGAUGAACCCAAGACCCCAAGUGCACCACCCAAAAAAACAGCCAAUAACCCAGAAGAUAUUCUUGCUUCCCUUUUGGGAGAUGACACUCCUGAUAAAGAAAGUAAGAAGAAGAAGAAGAAUCAGGUAAAUGCUGUAUCUCUUCCUGCUUUCAUUGGAACGAAGGAUCUUUUUGGAGGACCAGAGCCCAGCCUGAAAAGAGUCGCCCAAAAUAUAGACUGUGACUCUCCUAAAAGACUCAAGCAGAAAGAACAAAGCAUCUUAGAAGACACAAGUCAACCGCAGUCUUCAAACCGUCUAUCUCUGCAGACAUUAUCCAAUUUAAAUAGACAAUCAGUUUCAAAAAAACUUCAAAAUAAAGCGUCCUCAGAAGAUGAUUCGUCUAGCGAAGAAUCAGAAAGCAGUUGUAAAGAAGAUGCCUUCACUUCUAAAACAUCUUCAGCAUCACAAUCAGUAAGAGCCAUCCCUGAAACCAAACUAAAGACUGUUAGCUCUAAUAACUCAAACACCCCAGUCAAAACCAGUCAGACGAAGACCUCCAGAUCCUCCAGCAGUGACUCUUCAAGUGAAGAAUCAGAAAGCAGCGAGGAAGAAGAUAAUAAGGAUAAGGCUGGAAUUCUGACUUCUAAAACACCUUCAGCAACACAAUUGGCAAGAAUCACCCCUAAAACUGAACUAAAAAGCUCUAUUAACUCAAUCAAACCCAGUCAGACAAAGUCUUCCAGAUCCUCCAGUAGUGACUCUUCUAGUGAAGAAACAGAAAGCAGUGAGGAAGAUGAUAAGGCUGGAGUUCUGACUUCUAAAACACCUUUAGUUGCACAAAAUGUAAAAACCAUCUCUAAAACUGAAAUCCAUAUUGGUAACAGUUCAAAAAGCCCAGUCAAACCCAGUCAGACGAAGACCUCCAGAUCCUCCAGCAGUGACUCUUCAAGUGAAGAAUCAGAAAGCAGCGAGGAAGAAGAUAAUGCUAUGGUUUCCAUUUCUAAAAGGUCUUCAGCAUCACAGUCAGCAAAAACCAGCCCUGAAACCGAACUAAAAACUAGUAAUUCUAAUAACUCCAUCAAACCCAAGCAGAAAAAGACCUCUGGAUCCUCCAGCAGUGAAUCUUCAGGUGAAGAAUCAGAAAGCAGCGAGGAAGAAGAUAAUGCUAAAGUCCCCGCUUCUAAAACCUCUUCAGCAAAGCAAUCAGUAAGAGCCAUCUCUGAAACCAAACUAAAGACUGUUAGCUCUAAUAACUCAAACACCUCAGUCAAACCCAGUCAGACACAGUCUUCAAGAUCCUCCAGUAGUGACUCUUCUAGUGAGGAAGAUGAUAAUGAAGGUAGUGCUGGAGUGCUGACUUCUAAAACACCUUCACAAAUCAAGACCGCUAACAGUUCAAAGAGCCCAGUCAAACCCAAUCAGACGAAGACCUCCAGAUCCUCCAGCAGUGACUCUUCAAGUGAAGAAUCAGAAAGCAGCGAGGAAGAAGAUAAUUCUGAAGUCUCCACUUCUAAAACCUCUUCAGCAGCACAAUUAGCAAGAAUCACCCCUGAAACUGAACUAAAAAGCUCUAAUAACUCAAUCAAACCCAGUCAGACAAAGUCUUCCAGAUCCUCCAGUAGUGACUCUUCUAGUGAAGAAUCGGAAACUAGUGAUGAUGAGAAAUCCAAAACUAAGCCUGCCACUUGGAAGAACGAUCAGGAGCAUGUUGUUUCACAUCAAACAGUCCUUCACUCAACUGUGAUAGAUGCUAAGAAACAACAGCAGGACAACCAGAAACGUCUCGCGGCACAGGAGCAACGACAGAAAGAAACCGAGCAACAGAGGAAACUCAUUCAGGGUGCUCUUUCUAACAUGGACACAACGAAGACGAACAAAAGCAAACACAUUGUUUUUGAUUCUGAUGAUGAUGAAACCACAAGCGGACCAAAACAACCCCCAACGAACUUGAAAAAAAGCCUCUUUGAGGAGGAUUCAGGAUCUGAUGAAGAUCAGCAAACGUUGAAAGAAAAGAAGAAGCAGAAGAAAAACGAGGCAGGUGGCAGCAAGCUGUUUGACAGUGAAGCUGAGGGCGAUGGUUCUGAGGACGAUCGUUUCCAGAUCAAGCCCCAGUUUGAGGGCAAAGCUGGACAGAAGCUCAUGAAGCUGCAGGCCAGAUUUGGAGCCGAUUCAAGAUUCCAGAUUGAUUCUAGAUUUAUAGAAAGCGAUGAUGAAUCUGAAGAUCAAGAUGAAGCGGCUCCAGAAAAAGAUGCAGACACACAACUUCUUGAGGAGAAAAAGAAAAGUCUAGACAUCCUCCAGAGCAUUUUAAACACCAACCUACAACCACAAAACACCAGAAAGAGCAAGAUGUUCAAAGAUAUUGUGAGCCUGCAGUACGACCCGACACAAGAAGAGCAUGCUGCUUUUGAGGCUAAGAAAGAGACACCGAAGAAAGAAAGCAAAGCGGAGAGACGGAUGAAACGCAUAGAGGCUGAAAAACUCCCUGAAGUUUCUAAGGACAUUUACUUUGACGUUUCGGUGGAUUUGAAAAAGGUCUUUGGGACGUCUACAGAAAACCAGGAAGAGAAGGAAGUGGUUUCAUGGGAUAAAGAGACAGGUGAUACUGAAGAUAUAAUGAAAUACAUGGAGGUUUCUAAUGCAGAAGAAAAAGAAGACGCUUCAGGCAGUUUCAAGUUCUCCUUCUUUGGUGGAGACACAGCUGCAAAGACGACCACCAAAACAGAUGAGUACAAAAUAGAGACAUUAAAAGAAGCCAAGUUCUCUUGGCAAGCGGACCCUCGUUUCCAGGACAGCAGUUCAGAUGAGGAAGAAAUGGACGAGGUUGAAGAGAACCAAUCUGCUUCCAGAACAAUCACAGAGGAACCAGCAAAAUCAAAAACCUUUUUCUUUUUCUAUCAAAAUGACGAGCGGUUAAAAGAGGGCCCAGGAAUGUUUUGGAGGAGUGUAAAACUACAAGACCAGAAGGAAGAAUGGGAGCAGAAGAGGACGUUACUCAGAGAGGAUUGUCACAGGAAACACAGAAAUGCCAAAAGACGCCAGAGGCCUUCGCUGAAAAGCUAAAUGAUUUCAAGUAUUCAAAGACAUUUUUACUCAGGACAUGACCAGUUUUCAGAGACAUUUUUUGCCUAAUCUGUUUAAUAGAUGUCAUUUAAUAUUCAAAAUAAUGUCUAAUCCAUAUACUCUUUAUAUGAUUAAAAUGAUUUGAGAGAAUAAAUGCUGGUUUGUACCACUAGAGGGUGUUGUGAUGAUACUUUCUUGAGUUUCGAGGCUGGCUUCGCUGUUUGUUUUCAUUCCCCGCUCACUUUCUCCAAACCGCAGGAUCAGCCCACAAAAUUGUUUUCUAGAAAACGCGCUCUGUGCUUUUUUGCAUGUUUGCACGUGCAACAAUAAAUACAGUUUAGUACGCAGCAGAUCAUGCAAAUGUUUUUUUCUUGGGAUUCUUGCAUGUAGUCGUUUAGGAAAGACCGCAGGGUGUCGACGGCUAAGUAGCCAUCUUGCAUUUGGAGAAAAAUGGAUUUGUGUGUGCAAACGGGAUUGAGAAAAGUUUUCAGCCUUGUCCAAGAUACCAUUUUGGCUGAUGAUAGUGAUAUUUGACCCCUAGUGUUUAUUCUUAACCUUAUCUGCAGACUCCAGCAGUUUCCACUAACUAGUGCAAAAGGGUAACUGAAGCCUUUACUAUUAUUUCACUGUUUAACGCUUGAACAUUUCAAGUUUUGAUACAAGACAUUUUUGUCAUUUUGACUAUAUUUUCAAAUAGAAAUGUCUAAUAUACGAAAUACACGUACACUUUUUGUAUUCAUUGUAGUUCAAAUGAAUGUUUUGAAUAAACCGUAGCAUGUCUGUCAAAUAGCGAUUUCGAUUAGACCGUAAAAAUUUAUGAAGUCACACAAGCUCAGGCAAGUUGGCAGCAGACGUGUUUAACGUUAGCCUGUGCAUAGGCCAAGAAUGAAACGUGCAAUCACUCAAGAAGCAAAAAAUCUCGCACUGUUAUUUUCGUCUACUGAUGAAACCCUUAAUAAAUCUACAGGAACCGUUUGACUCUGCCCAGCUACUACACAUUGAGUGUGUGUGUGUGUGUGUGUGUGUGUGUGUGUGUGUGUUUUCAAGAAUAUCAUUUGUACUGUUGACAUUGCAUAUGAUUGACGGUGGUUUUGGUCACUAUAGGCUAAACUGCACGUAUGUGGUUCUGAGCUAUAGUCAUGAACACAGUGUUCUCUGCAUAAACAGGACGCUGUGGUUUCCGAUUUCACUGUGACAUCACAGCUGGUGUCUAUAGCUCGUGAAGGAAUGAAGCAGCUGUUCUGCAGUGACAUAAGUCUCCCAAAACUGCCAUUUUGUGUAACCAAGUCCUGUUUUUGGACCUUGAUCCUUUUUAUUGCUGGAUCACGAUGUUAAGAUGCGAUUUAGCAUUUUGUUCAUGCUAGGAUAUGUAAAAUAUGGUAGUUAUCAUGUCGCUAAUGGGUUUUAAAAGGGUUCGCUCAAUAACUGUCCUCGACAAAACGCAUGAUCUGAGGAAUAAUUAUCUUGCAAACACAAAUGUACAAGAUUCUUGAGCAGAUAUGAUUCUGUGGAGAUUAAAAAAGUUUUGUUGUUCCUCAGGUUAGCGUUUGAUAUCUAAAGCACCAGUGGUAAAUGUUAAUUUUUUUCUGAAGAGCUAGCAAACAGUGCUUUGUGUAAAUUAAUUUAUUUUGGUUCUACUUAACAGCCUUUAUUUUCAAAAGCCGGUCUCACAUUUAGGGUUUGUGAUGCUAACUAUAAUGCUAAUGUGUGAAUGGGGGAUGGUACGCCAAAAACAGUUCUUCAUUCUCGAUUUUCACAUUAACUGAGCACAGUCUCCUUCAUUUUAAAGUCUAUUUCUCAUCUUUUUCACCAGUUAACCUGUGUUGGUAAAGAUUAGCGUGCUGUUUGAGAGAUAUGAAUGAACACUGGUUGUUUUUAUGACAAGGGAGGCUCGUUUCUUAGCCGAGAGGAAACAGAGUGUGUGCUGGUAUUAAAUAUUUACAUUUUUGCUUCAUGAAUUCCUCUCAUAGUGGGAAUAACUUCCACAGUUACCUGUUACUAAUGCCUUAGCCAGCUCAAAAAGGCAAAGCCAUGUGACUAGCCUGCGUCUGACUAGAAUAACAGCCCUUCCCCCAAAUGACACACAGACACACUGUGCCUGCAAGUGUAAACGGAGAGGUUUUACACACACAUCGAGCUGCUUUGGACUGCGUAUUUUAUAUAAAUACACAAAUUGUAAAUAUUCCUUCACCAGAGUAUUAGCUUUAGCAUUGCUGGAAUGAACUGAUAGAUGUCUAUAGCUGCAGUCUGUAGCAACAGAUGCUAUUGCGCAAGACUUUGCAAUGAUCUGUGAUGUUUUUGCUUGUGAAAUAACUCUCAAAAGUCAGUACUUUUCCAUACUUAAAGGUCUUGUGUGUUUUUCACCCCGAACACUCCUCCCUCUGUUCCUCAGAUCCCACCCCAUCCUGCCCCCCAACUUCUCAAAGAGGACUUGUUUGGAUCUAUAACUAUUACUGUUCACAUCCAAGCGUUGGGCUCGGAUAACAGCGGCGUCUUCCUGGAUAGGACAACGCUAAUAUGAGGGGCUGUCAUCUACGGCCAUUUUAAAGGCUCCCUGCUCUCUGAUUGGCUGUUGCUUCGGCUAAUCAGGUUAGUGUGUGACAGCAGGAAUGUCUGUUUUUGCACUGAGAGAAAAUAAAAUACCCCUCUUCCAACCCUCCUUGGAUUUACACAAACAUAAACAUGAGCUAUGGGGCAAAAUAUAAAAAAGACGUGAAGGGGACGUGUCUACUGGCACUAAAAUUAGCAGUGUUUUAAUAUGCUAGCUGCAACAGGUUGAGGUUUAUUUACUGAAGGCAUAUAGUUAGUUAAGGGGUGUGUCGCUGUGCGGGUGGAUCUGGUUGCACAGUAACAGCAGAAAAACUGCAAAUGUCUUCAUUUCAAGCUUCAGUCAGUGUUUUUAAGUGUAGUCCUCAAUGCAAAAGCUUACACUUUAAAGUCAAGAGGAUGAUUUUGUAAAAGUUCUACUGACAUUUGUGUUGAAGCAAAUGAAUAAUAGUAAAAAUGGUCCUACUUUGCAUUGUUUUAACCAUGUAAUUGCAAAUAAAAACUGAAUUGACUUUA